ACUUGUAUAUUUUCAAAAUGGCCGUGCUCCUUUAUGCGCCAAACUGUAUCCUUGUGGUACCUCCGGUGCUUUGCUAAACGCGCUUGGUUGACGAUUAUAUUUAAUUGCCAUCAGCAAAAAAUGUAGAUCUGAGAUGCUUCUGCGCUAUUUAAGGAGAUAGAAGCAUCGUUAUUUCUUCAAAUCCUUUAUUUUCUUCUCUCCCUUCCCGUUUCCCGUCUGUGAAGUUCCUCUACAAAAGCUUGUCUCCCUUAUUUUAUCACUCGGCUUGGUGAAGCUAGGCUGCGAUCACGCUGAGAAGAUUUGAAUCAUCUGAAAAAAUGCUAUGAUUUUCAAGGCCAUCUAAUCUGGAUUGGAUGGCCAGAAAUUCAAUAAACACUUUGUGGUUUGUUGCUCCUCAACGAGGAGGUAUCCAACGCUAUCUGGAGGAGGAGAAGAUGGUGAAGAUCUGCUGCAUUGGUGCUGGCUAUGUGGGGGGUCCAACCAUGGCUGUCAUUGCUGUCAAGUGCCCAACCAUUGAGGUGGUGGUUGUAGACAUCUCUGUUGCUCGCAUUAAUGCGUGGAACAGUGAUCAGCUCCCUAUCUAUGAGCCAGGCCUUGAUGACGUCGUGAAGAAGUGCAGGGGGAGAAACCUCUUCUUUAGCACUGAAGUGGAAAAGCACGUGUGUGAGGCUGAUAUCAUCUUUGUCUCCGUGAACACACCCACCAAAACUCGUGGUCUUGGAGCUGGCAAGGCUGCUGAUCUUACCUAUUGGGAGAGUGCAGCCCGCAUGAUAGCUGAUGUCUCCAAAUCUGAUAAGAUUGUUGUUGAGAAAUCUACAGUCCCUGUUAAGACUGCCGAGGCCAUUGAGAAGAUCUUGACACACAAUAGCAAGGGAAUUAACUAUCAGAUCCUAUCAAACCCAGAGUUUCUUGCUGAAGGUACGGCGAUACAAGAUCUUUUCAAUCCCGAUCGCGUGCUUAUUGGGGGUCGAGAGACCCCUGAGGGCCAAAAGGCUGUGCAGGCCUUGAAGGAUGUUUACACCCAGUGGGUGCCAGAGGGCCGUGUUCUUACCACAAAUCUGUGGUCGGCUGAGUUGUCAAAGCUUGCAGCCAAUGCUUUCUUA